AUGCCGAUUUGUUGGGUGAUGAGGAUGGGCCGCACCUACUUCCUGUUGGCCUGUCUACUCGUGACGUCACUGUGUAGUGUUCAUGCGCAGUUUAAUCCUAAUGUGACUGUGACGUCAUGCAGCAGUACGAAUGUCGUCAUAAACACGCAGUCCGCGAGUGAUUUAGGAAUUAUUUACAUACAGGGAAGAGGCGUGGAAUGUAAACAAGACACUUCCGCCCAGUCAAGUGACUACAUAUUCAACUUUGACCUCUGUAAUAUUACUCUCGACAAGAUGUUCCGAGUAAUUGUGCAAGAGAGAUCCGAUAUACAAACCGGAAGUGACAAAGUAAUUCCUGUCAUGUGUGUUGUUGAUAUGGGUGACAUCGUGGUAGGAAACAUCAUCAUGCCCCAUGGAGAAUUAAGCCAUGGAAUAAACAAGACGACGAAACCAACUGCCCGGAUGAGGAUCAUUUCUAACCGUUCUAAUGACGUCAGUCAGGGGACGGUCAUUCUUAGUGACGAACUACGCAUGGAGGUCUCAUUAGACGAACAAUACAGAGCUGACUUUGAAAUCAGUGCUACAGACUGUUCAGCGUCUGAUAUUGACAUUGUCCACGACAGAUGUGCAGAAGAUGACAAUAUAUUUCCUAAUUUCCAUCGCGAUUCAGACGGGAGCCUCGUUUCUAACUUUAAAGCAUUCAUCCCGACUAACUACGAGGGCAAGGAUUCGGUUGAUAUGACCUUCGCCUGUACAUUGUUGGUGUGUCAGGGUAGCUGUGAACCGACCGUAUGUCGACAAGUUGUCGGCUGGGGGAAGAAAAAACGGAAGCGGAGAUUGUCGUCGGAAAACGAUGUUGAUAAAAUUACUUGUGGAACAACAGUCCGAGUUAUCGCCCCUCAUUCGCAUCCUUCCGAGAAAAAACAGUCGGACACCACCGACGGAAAUGUUAAUAUCAACAAAUACCUCAUAUACGUUAUAGCCGGAUUAGUAUGCGUGUCCUUAGUGACGUCAUGGGUUUUGAGCUGUUAUCUUUAUCAGCGCCUCCUGGCAGCAAGAGGAGAAACCAGCAAGGUCAACGUUGCACGUGUCGUUGGCAGAAGACUGUCAGCCAUGUUGAAUAUUCCGUCUGGUUACGAGCUGAAUGAUCAAAAGAUGAUGCAGUUCUUACCGGAAGAGGAAGGAACACCAAGGAAUGGUAAAUCUGUGACAAUGAUGCACGUUGGGAAACUAGAUGCUUCUGUGGACUAA